AAGGGGGGUGGCACCGGGGUCUCGCAGCCGGGCUGUGGGGCGGCUUGUUGCCAGAUAAGGCGAGCCCUUAUCUGCUGUUAUCUCUUCUGCCUGAAGAGCAGAGCCCGAGGCCUUUGCUGGGUCCCGGCGGUCAGAGUUUUGGGACAAGCUGCGUUCCCUGCCUUGUGGUGUUUCUGUUCUGGAGCUGUCUCCGGCUGUUUCUUCUCUUUGCUUUUGGGAUGUCUCCUUGACGAGCUGGUGUGCUUCGUGCUGGGCACAGGUACACACACACAUCUUGCAGGACAGCUCCUGGCCCUGCAGAGCUGCUCCCCAGCCUCGCCCAGCCCUUCUGGGACACCCCUCAGGGCAGCGGUGUCUGCCUGCCCCAGCAUUGCCCCAGAGGAUGGUCUGGAUGAGAGAACGGCGGAGGAGGGGUCCCCGCGAGGCUGCGUGCCACCCUGCAGCGAGUACGGUCUGCAGCAGCUGCCAGCUCGGUGUCUCGUGGAGCUGCUCCUCGUGCCGCAUGCUGCCGGUGAGCGCUGGUGUCACUGCUCUGCGCAGCGCUGCCUGAGCCGGGCCCUGGCGAUGGGGGACUCCCCGACCAGGGGCACGGGCACGCACUGCCCGGACACGCAGCUGGAGCUGGCAGAGCGCGUCGCAGCCAUCGCUGUGGCCGUUAGCCCAGAUAGAAGUAACCAAAACGGUGAGGACAACGGCGAAGAAAACGACACGGUCUUCGCUGAAAACAUGAAAGACAUCCAGAGAAACGGAGUCAGCGCUGACGUGGGCGCGAAGGAGUUCCUGCCCUCCCAACGGCCAGACGAUGCUCACUGGAGGCAUGGUUCCAAGAGACCUCUGGCUAGACCUGUCCUCUCCAGCAGGAAGCUGUCUCUCCAGGAAAGAUCGUCGGGAGGUUAUUUGGCAUCGAGCAACUCCCCGGGUUUCGGUGCUUAUGCCACGGGGCCAUCACCGCGGAUAAUGAGGAGACCAACGAUCGAGUCCAACCGCGUCUCCAUCUCGGAUGCCUGAGGUAGGCACGACUGCGUGCAGUUAAACCAGUACAAGCUGCAGAGUGAAAUCGGCAAGGGUUCCUACGGUGUCGUAAAGCUGGCCUACAACGAGAACGAUGACAAGUACUACGCUAUGAAAGUCCUCUCCAAGAAGAAGCUCCUGAAGCAGUACGGAUUUCCACGUCGGCCUCCUCCUAGAGGGUCUAAAGCAUCCACUGGAGAGCAGCCAAAGCCGAUGGCACCGCUGGACAGAGUCUAUCAGGAAAUAGCCAUAUUAAAGAAACUGGACCACGUCAACAUCGUUAAGCUGAUAGAGGUCCUCGAUGAUCCUGCAGAGGACAACUUGUACAUGGUGUUUGACCUCCUAAGGAAAGGGCCUGUGAUGGAGGUGCCCAGCGAGCAGCCCUUCAGCGAGGACCAGGCCCGGCUCUACUUCCGAGACAUCGUCCUGGGCAUCGAGUACUUGCACUACCAGAAGAUCAUUCACCGGGACAUCAAGCCUUCCAACUUGCUCUUAGGAGACGAUGGGCACGUCAAAAUCGCGGAUUUUGGAGUCAGUAACCAGUUUGAAGGGAACGACGCCCAGCUCUCCAGCACAGCAGGGACACCAGCCUUCAUGGCACCAGAGGCCAUUUCUGACACUGGCAAAAGUUUCAGUGGAAAGGCACUUGAUGUAUGGGCCAUGGGGAUCACCCUGUACUGCUUUGUUUACGGGAAGUGCCCUUUUAUCGACGAAUAUAUUCUAGGUCUUCAUAACAGGAUCAAGAACAAGCCUGUGGAGUUUCCAGAAGAAGCACAGAUAAGCGAUGAGCUCAAGGAUCUGAUCCUACGCAUGCUGGAUAAAAAUCCAGAAACGAGGAUAACAGUCCCUGAAAUUAAGGUGCAUCCCUGGCUAACCAAGAGUGGGGAGGAGCCCCUGCCGCUGGAAGAAGAGCACUGUACCGUGGUGGAGGUGACGGAGGAGGAGGUGAAAAACUCAGUGAAGACCAUCCCGAGUUUGCCAGCUGUGAUCCUAGUGAAGGCCAUGCUACGAAAACGUUCCUUUGGAAAUCCGUUCGAGGUCCAGACCAGACGGGAGGAGAGGUCCAUGUCUGCUCCAGGGAACUUGCUAAUAAAACAAGGGAGCAGAGAAGGAGGCAGGGACCCGGAGCUGCCUGACGUGUGUGAAGAUGAAGCGACGUCCUGAAGCCACGUGGCGCCGCAGGCUGCUCGCUCCCGUGCUGCUGCUGUUGUGCCCAUCACGGUGUUGUCUAGCACGCAUCCGCCCUCAUCGCCAAGUCUGGGGCCUGCAAAGCAAAAAAACAAACCUGACCAACCAACCUAGCAAAGCCAACAGGAGGAAAAGAGCAGCAAUAAAGAAAAGAGUGGAUCCUGGGGUAGCUCAGCUGGCAGAGGGCUGGCUCGGCCUCGUGGGCAGCUGCGUUCCUCCCGCGAGGUGUCCGUGCGCUCCUCCAUGUGUGCCUUGCUCUCCACUUGUGCUUCACGUGUCAGCUUUGUAGAUGGGUGUCUUGACGAAUGAAUGUGGUUUUAUUUGUAACGCAACAAACCAAACGUUGUCUCUGGGGUUGUUUGCCCUGGAGAUCUUUUUCUUGCUUUUUUUGCAUUCUCUAUUUCAAAGAUCAGGAAAAAAAAAUGACAUCGAUGUCAGGUCUUACAUCAGAGGGCGACUGUUGUAGUUAAUGCACAGGUAAAGCACUUGUGUGUACCAGGACACGGUCCUGCUCCUGUUGGAGUUGGUGGCAGAAUAUCUGUUGACAGCAGUUGAACGAAGAUGAGAUCUUCCUUUUGGAGUUUGCACUGUCGAUCUCUCUGCCUUUCUUUUUUUUUCUUCCUUUCCUUUCUUUUUUCCUUCCCCUUUCAUCCCUGAAUUUUUGCACGGUGUAAAUCCUGACAACACUGAUCACUUUGUUCAGGGCAGCAUUGUAAAGGACGAGAACUUACCUGAUAUUCCCUGGAACGUGCAAGGAGCCUCUGGAUGCUGUAGAGAUCUGGAGCACCGGGAUGUGCUUUUACACAUAAAGGCUUCGUGUGCUGGGGACAUCUGCUGAUGAAAUGGCUCUUCCCAAAGAGCCACGAGGUCACUCCAUCAGCUGCAGCCAGGCCUGUGCGUGUGCGUGUACUGAAUGCUGAAAAGUGGCAGGUUUGGCGUUCAUGUCAUUUAGGGGUGAAUUCCUUUCUCACUCAUCUCCUAGCUCCUUUAAAAUUGCGUACCUGAUGCUUUUAAACUGAUUUCCUGAUAAACAGCCCACACUGGGAGAGCUCUCUAGGAUGGAAAACGUUGGUGGAGGGGUUUUAGAGUAAGGGAACCUACAGAACGCAAAUGAGAUCAAUUCAAAACUUGGUCUUGUUUCUUAAGGCUUUAGUUUUUAAUUUUAUUUUAGGACUGGUUGUUAUGCACGUGCUGAUGCUGCUGUUUUAUCCAUAGUUUGCUUCUAACCUUGGGAUUAGAAGCUUCAUCUCUACAUUUUGACAACAGGUGAGAGAUGGCACUCAAAGGGCAAAUGCAGUCACUGCAGUGGCUGCUGACUAUACAGACUGUGCAUAAUCAGGAAUUUCACUCUUGCACUCCAAGAGUAAAAGCCAGUGACAUCCAUCCAUCAAGAGACACGUCAAUAUUUUUCCUGGAGCUUUAGAGGGUCUGAACGUGCCCUGGAAAGCCAAUGGGACUGAAUUCUUCUUGUACUUAAAGGCCACGAUUAAAUUUGGUUCCUGCAUAAUCAUCUUACAGACCUUUUUUUUAGGUGAACUGUGAGGGCUUGGGACUUUUAGUUCCCUAUUUUUUUGUGCCAGGGGAUAUGUGUACAAGGAUUAGCAGUGUAUAGCAGUUUUCCCAUUCUGUUUGCUGUCUGUUUCCCAACAUCGUUGCAGCUGAGCUUCGCUCCCAGUGCCUUCUGCUUGCUGUCCCCAGCCUGCCACCUCCCCACCCUCCCCUCGGCUCGUCCCCAGCAGCCUCGCAGUGCCAGCAGGGAGCCCAGGAGCUGUCACCAGCCUGGGCUCUGCCCCACGUCCUGCCUGUAAAUAUCGGCCGAGCCCCGCGGUUUGGGAAGUAGCAUUGUAGGUAAGGCAUUUCAUCAAGGAGACCUUCAAUUUUAGAAUCAAGCAGCAGGAUUAGAUCCUGUAGGUGUUGCUGCUCUGGGGCUGGAUUCAUCGCAUCCAGGCACUAAAUGAAGCCUGGAUGUGCACCUCUGCAUGCUCCUACGCUCAGCAUCCUCCGGGGGCUGUGGCUCUGCUCCCGCUGAGCGCCGCACGACGUCCCCACGCAUCGGAGCGCUUGAGCACGUGCUUGAGCCAUGUUGGCUCCUAACGAAGAUUGAAGCACCUGGGGAGAGGGAAGGAAGACUGAGAUGGAGCCUCGGCAGGUCUGAGAGGGCACCGGGGGCUCUGAAAUGCAGGAGGGACGAGUCAGGACGGCCUGAGCUGCCUUCGUGGAGGGGACACUGUGCCUGGAGUGAGUGCGUGCGGCUGGUCCAGUCUGGGGGCAAAGAGGGUCUGCACUGGGGAUAAAUCAUGAGGGUGCCACCAGCUUGGCCCCAGGUGCACAGCAGGACCACGCUGCUUGUUUCUGCGGGCUGCAGAGAAAUGGGAUCUCUAACCAGGUCCCUGGGGACUGGCCCCAGAGGCAGGAGCACGGCCCCAGGAGCAAAGGGAGUUCUCUCCCCAACGUGGGUCUGCUGAGGUGUAAGAAAUACUUCGGUGCUGCUCAAAGAGCUCCAAGGCUGCAAGUGUGGUUUUAUUUAUUGUAUUUUUAACAGACAGUAAGAAUAAUUCGGGAAGGGGGAGAGCUUUGCUGACCCAGCUGGUUGUUGGGGUUACUCUAAAAAUGCCCACGGGGUGCGGUAAUGGGGUGAGGCUGCAGGAGGCUGUUCUCAGCCUCAGUGAGACCAACCAAGCCAUCAAUUACAGUUCGGCUGUGUCCUGUUCUGGCGGUAACUAGAGCACUGCUUUAGUUUUGGAGGGUAAUGGGGGAGAACGGGUGUGUUUUUGUGAUUAUCAUUGCCCUUUUUGGUGAAAAUGCCUCCUUCUGGAGGCAUUCCCACAGGAAACGAAAUGAAUUAACCAGCUGAGCUUUUGUCAGACCCUUGCUUCUCCAGCAAAUCUGCCAGCCGUGGGGGUUUUCCCUUUAUACCUCCAGAAGGCGCGUUGCGGGCGGCAGCCUGAGAGCUGCACAGGGCAGGCAGGAGCAGCAUUAGCUGGGUGCCCGAAUAUUUGAAUACGGGUGUCUGAAUGUGUGAAUAUGGGUGUCUGAAUGUGUGAAUAUGGGUGUCUGAAUGUGUGAAUAUGGGUGUCUGAACAUUUGUCUCAGUUCUCUGUGAGCAAGGGAUAGGAUUCGGCGUGGCAGGGCUCCUGUGAGCAGUGUGAGGAGGUGCUGGAGGCACUCGCUGAUGCUUUAAAAAAGCAAACAAUCCUUUUGUUCCUCUCCACAUCCAACGUUUGUGCUGUGCCCGUGAGACCCAGCUCCUGACUGCUCUGAGCAGCUGGGGUGUGCAGAGGGCUCCUCUUCCCGAGGGCACACCCGGCCCCGGGCAGCAUUGCUGGGCCUGCAUCGAGACACUGCGAGGGAGAUUUCUCUUCUGGAGCAAGUGCACACCUCCAGGCACGAGGGAAACAAAAUCACCCGCAGCACCACGCGUGUGCUUUUUUUUUUUUCCAGUGCCUUGAGAUACAAGAAGCAAUCCGCACGGCAGCUGGGUUUUCUGGACAGCCAAGUGCCACAAACGUCUCUGCCAGGUUCCCAUUGCUGUAACGCAGAGGGUGGGUCAGGCCAGGUGUGUCCCACACUGGUGGCAUCAGCAGUGUGUCCUAAUCCACGCUGCAGAUCAGAGACACGCUGGGGUUUGAAAGAGGAGAGCUCAGUGGGAAGCUGGCACUGAGGAAGCGGUGCAGGGCGCUGCUGCGGGUCCAGCCGGGGAUGGGACCUGCCUGGGGCAUCACCGGGGGUUGUGGCACUGUCCUCGAUGCAGAGAGAGGUUGGGGUUGGGUUUUUUUUGGCCAUGGACACCAUGGCAGUUUGUGUAUCUUCUCCAUGCAUGUCCCUGUGGUACGUGCUGAGCAGCCUGGCUGUGCGAGUUAAAUGGAUUAUUUAUGGUGCUCAGCACCUCCACCGGGGAUUUCCAGGAGCAGAGCCCACAUCUUCGCUGUUUUCACCAUCGUUCUGCUUGGUGUGGCUGUCCUGCUGCAUUACCAGGGGGUCCUGCUGCAUUACCAGGGGGUCCUGCUGCAGUAACAGGGGGUCCUGCUUUGGGAGAGGCGAUCUCAGCGGUGUGGGGCGGUGCUGGCAGAGGAAGGGCAGGAGCUGGGUGAACAGGAGGGCGUCUGCCGAGGAAGGAGGGCUGCAGGCGGUGGUGUGGAGCCCUGCCAUGUCUGGCAGGGGGUCUGGAGGCUGGUAACAGAUUAUUUCCUGUGUAUAUUUAACCUGCUCUGGGUACCAAACUUCCCCCCCUUACCAGGGUGUGCGUGCUGUGGUGUUUGCUGAGACACCCGGGCCCUCAGGCAGUGACCGCAGACGUUGGUAGCACACCAAGUGUUCCAGAAAGCUCUGUAAAUUCAAGCAAAAAGACAAACUGGGACCUUUCGGGAUGUAAUUCCGAUCCUCUGUGCCGUAACCUCGCUGCUGUGCACCUGGUUCCUACGCCUGGCCUGUUGGUGUUUGAGUCUCUCCUUCCCCUCGGUGUUAACUCCUUGGCUCUGUUCGUGCUCCGCUCUGACUCCAGCAUGAGGUACCUGCACUCGGCACCCCGAUGGCGCGUGGCCGUCACACUGUAAAUAUGUACCAUGAAUAGAGAGGCUAUUUUUUGCAUGCUUUUGUACUCUAGAACCAAGAAGAAACUGACAAUAAAGGCCGUAGAAAGGA